AUGGACUUAUCAGAUGGACUGAACUAUACUGUAAAGGAGCCCAAUGUCUCUUGGAACCCGGAGAAGAAACAGUUUCUGUGCUGCCUGUUCAAGUUCUUUGAGAAAGAUCUCACUGCAUACAAGGCUGUCUUCGAUAGCGUAUACGAAGACGACCUCAGAACUUUCGGGUUCACACAUGGUGUUAAGGAGAGUACCCUCAACACGCAAUGGCAUGACUUGAGGCGGUCUUCGCAUUUCGAGUGGGGUGAAGUGCAUUUGUCUCCUUUUGAUAAGGAUGGACGCUGGUCACCUUUCAUUGCGGCCAUUCGCAGGACUUUGGCGACGUUGAGGAUAGAUCUGCCGGAAAAGGCACGAGAUGAUAUUGAUACCUCUACUUUUGACCCCACACUCCAUACUUCCUCUCAGCCGACCUCGGUAAGUUCAAAUCAUCUUAAUACGGCUCUUUCCAAAUAUGGAGGCAAAGAAUGUUUCUGGUGUGUUCAGGAGCGUGUCAACGAGGAAUAUAUACAGGCCAGGAAUAAGCCCAGAGAAUACACGACAGGAAAAGGCAUCUUGGAACCCUUACUGUAUCGGUGGUCGAAUGUUGAUUCUCAAGGCGUCAACAACAAGAAUCUCUACAUCGCCGGUCUCUUUGUAGACUGGGACAAGUAUUUCUCCCCUGACAUGAUAAGCCAAGAGAAAUUUGACGAAUACUUCUCAAAUCAUAUUCACAGAAAAGAAGUUUCGUCUCCCUUCAUUUCAACAUUCAAGUCAAUGCUCGCACCAGUCCACCGGGCCGUACGCAACCAAGAAGGUGCUAUCAUCUCGAUAAUCGAAUCCAAGAAGCUUGGAGAUCUCGUUUACUCGGCUCGCGGCUUCUGUCAGAAACAUCAACUUAGGAUAGGCCGCUACAACGGCGGUGGAGAGUAUUUGAUUUGGGGCAAAGUUCCGUCUGAUGCUAUAAUCUGUUCCUUCAAAGUCAGCACAUUGAAGCAAAUUGCAGACGAACACGAUGAUAUCGCCGAAAUUCUGCAGCUCCGUACUAUUGCAUCUUAUAAGCAUAACCAACGAUCACUGAAAGACGCACUGGAAAAACGAGGUGGCUAUCUUGAUCACACAUCUGGAACUAUAAUUGGGAAGCUCCUUUCUCUACUUCAAGUGCCCUUUGAAUUUAGCGGAGAAGUCGGAAUAGGCAUGUACUAUUCCUGGCGGCUGCGAAAGCGAGGAGGUCCCGGGAAAGCAUUUCAAGAAGGACUAAAUGCAUGCUAC